AUGAUGGUGUCUGCUCAGCGAUUCAAAGUAACAAAGCAAAAAAGAACAAGCUCUUUCAAGAACGCAGUGGCUUUAUCCCUUUAUGAUAAGGCUCGAGUGUUUCCAAAACUUAAACAACUGUGGCCAGCCCCUUCAACCGAUAUUAAGAGCGUGUUUGAAAAAGGGGCAAAUCUAUCUCUUGAAGAUUAUUUUGCUAGCUCUCAUUUCAAGUUUAGAGAGGGCCUGGAAAAGCUGUCAAUGAGUACGUUGAAAAAUGCAAUUUCCCUAAUACACCCCAGAAAUAGACCAGUUGUUGCCGUUGAUUGCGAAGCUUAUGAACAUGGCCAUCAUAAUAUAACUGAGAUUGGAAUCGCAGUCCUCAAGCCUUCCCCAGCCCUACUACCACAGAUUGAAGCAACGCACAUAAUUAUCGAUGAACAUCUCCAUAAACGGAAUUCGAAAUAUGUACCUGAUAACAAAGAUAAGUUUUUACACGGAAAGUCCUAUAUAAUGAAAGAAAAGGAUGCCAUAGCGGUGUUGAAAAAAGUGCUUAUGAAGUAUCUCGCCCCGGAUGGGAUUUUGGUUGGCCAUUCAAUAAGCUCUGAAAUUAAAUACUUCAAGAGCUUGGGAAUCGAGUUGCCGAGCGUAGUGAAAAAAUUGGACACGUUGAAGCUACACCAAGUUGGUAGAAGUAACGGUGGUUCAUUAGGUGGAUGUCUCAAACUUUUGGGAUUACCUUGCAGAUACUUACACAACGCUGGGAACGACGCAUACUAUACGCUAUUGGUCGCUUUGUCUUAUUGUGAUCCAAUCGUCCGAAUUGAGAAAAACUUGGAUGUUUACCAGUCUAGUGAGUUUACUGGGAAGUAUCCGAACGAGGGUCCUGACGUUGUCGAAGUUGAUGAUAUAUCGUUGUUAGAUUUGUAA